AUGGGUCAAGAGUCUUCACAUCUCAUCGACCCGGACACGCCACCAGAGACAUUAUCGGAGCGCAGUCUUCGUGCUGUAGCACAGCUUAUCAAGGAUGGCGACGCAAAGAAUAUCGUUGUCAUGACCGGCGCCGGUAUCUCUACCGCGGCUGGAAUACCCGACUUUCGCUCCCCUAAAACGGGGCUCUAUCACAAUCUUUCUCGUUUCAACCUCCCGCAUCCAGAGGCUGUUUUCGAGAUCGACUUCUUCCGUAGUAACCCGGAGCCCUUCUACCUGUUGGCAAAGGAGCUUUACCCGGGAAACUUUAGCCCGACAGUCUCACAUGCAUUCAUCGCCCUACUUGCUGAAAAGGGACUUCUCCGCAUGCUUUUCACCCAGAACAUAGAUUGCUUAGAGCGUGUUGCUGGUGUGCCUUCCGAGAAAAUAGUUGAAGCUCACGGCAGUUUUGCUACGCAGCACUGUAUCGACUGCCGUACCGAGUUCCCUGAUGACCUGAUGCGCGAGCACGUUAAACGUGGAGAGGCACCGCGAUGCAUCCGAAAGGACUGUAGGGGCCUCGUCAAGCCCGAUAUCGUCUUCUUUGGCGAGCAACUCCCUGAGACAUUUUAUGAUAACAUCUCGGUACCUAACGCCGCUGACCUAAUGCUUGUCAUGGGCACCAGCUUACUGGUACAUCCGUUCGCCGGUCUACCGCAACGGGCACGUGGAGGUGUGCCGCGCGUACUUAUCAACCGCGAUUGUGUAGGUGAUAUGGGCUCGCGUGCAGACGACGUCUUAGUCCUAGGGGACUGCGACUCCGGGAUCCGGAAGCUAGCGGAUGAGCUAGGAUGGGGUGACGAACUAGAGGCGACAUGGAGAGCCAUAGUCGGAGAAAAGGAGGCAAACCGACAAUUAUCCAAGACGGAGAAGAAGGAGGAGAUCCACGACGAGCUUGAUCAGCUAGCCGGGGAUAUGGAGAAUAAGUUGGGCAUCUCCGAGGGCGGCGACGACAAAUCCGAGGCUAACGUCGCGAAGCAGGAAGAGGGCACAACGACUGUUGGAACGCACGAACCGGAACAUGCUAAGGAAGGCAUUAAGGAGGGCACUGCGCCUAGUGAUGCAGCACAGCUCGUGGGCGACGGCGAGACGGUUCCGGCGAAGAGCACUGAGGGAUUGGAUCGAGAGGAAGGCCAGAAAGAUGAGGGAAAGGAAGUGGAGGCACGAGAGCAGGAUAACGCGAAGAUGAGCUAUGAGCCACUGCAUCCUACAAAGGAGAAGUCUGUUACGGUGGACGACAGUGACAAGGCGGAGGACAAGGGCGGAGGCGAUAAGCCUGCGCUAUGA